UGACGACAUAAUUUUGCACCAUGUUUACUAACGGCUGCUAAACGUUCGUCUGAAAAUUAAGAUUAUUUCUAUUAAAGAGUUGAACAAGUGAAAUAAAACGAAGAGAGACCAAAUAAUAACAAAUGGCGGAUCCUGCGGUGGCGUCGGGAGGUUCUCUGAACUCAGGAGGGCGUGGGAGUGGCAGUAAAGCAGCAACCAGCCCUUCCGAGAACUACCACCUGGCCCGGCGUCGCACCCUGCAGGUUGUUGUCAGCGCUCUCCUGACAGAAUGUGGCUUUGAGAGCGCAGAGAAGGCAGCCGUGGAGACUCUCACUGAGAUGAUGCAGAGCUAUAUCACUGAAAUCGGUCGGUGUGCUAAAGCUUACUGUGAACACACAGCCAGAAGCAUCCCAACCCUGUCGGACACAGUGGUCACUCUCAUUGAAAUGGGUUUUAACGCUGACACUCUUCCUGUGUACGCCAAGAGAUCACAGAGGAUGGUGAUAACUGCCCCUCCGGUGACAAACCCUCCUGUUAUUCCCAAAGCACUGUCAGCUGGACAGAAACGCACUCAUCCAGCUCACAUCCCCAGCCACUUUCCAGAGUUCCCUGACCCGCAUACCUACAUCAAAACACCUACCUUCAGAGAGCCCGUGUCAGACUAUCAGGUGGUGAGAGAGAAGGCAGCGAGUCAGAGGAGAGACGUAGAGCGGGCUCUCACACGCUUCAUGGCCAAGACAGGAGAAACUCAGAGUCUUUUCAAAGAUGACAUCACCGCCUUCCCAUUGAUUGCAGCUCGUCCAAGCUCUAUCCCGUAUCUCAGCGCCCUCUUGCCCUCAGAACUGGAGCUGCAGAGUCUGGAGGAGACGGACUCUUCAGAACAGGACGACCAGACAGACAGCGAGAACACAGCAGGAAAUAUCAUCACUGAUGAUCCAGGAGCAGACAAAGAGAACUCCAUGCUUCCUCCCAGCGGCGUUGUUCCCUCCACAAAGAGCAGCGAUGAGAACAUGAUCGACAACCCGUACCUCCGACCAGUGAAGAAACCCAAAGUGAGGAGGAAGAAAUGAACCCCCUGAACCUACAGACUCACGUUUGUCGCAGUGGUUUGUGCUGUCAGCAGUUGGUGAAUCCCUCCAAUCACACAGAGAAGAGCAGCCCAGGCACAGCAGCUGCUCUCCCUCGGUGCAGGAACCAGCACUGCUGCUGGCUUUUUGUACUGACAGACUUCUACUAAAGAGAACUCUUUUUUCUUGUUUUUUGAGCAAGCACUCACUUUGUUUAAAUUUGCAUAAUGUCAUUUUGUAAGAAACAUCACAGUGAAAAAAAGACCAAACAAGAGUGUAGACAUGUGAAUAAACAAAUAUAGUUUCUCUUGGUAA